UGUUAGCCAAGGCAUUACCAACAGUAGAAUCUGGCGUCUACCCGAGCUCCGGCCAGGAGAGUCAAAACACAGCUAAAACUGGACUGAAUCGUAAUAUAUCUUUACGAGAUGAAUAGUGGGGACCACUGUUCCAUUGAAAAGGUCAGGCAGCCAAAUGCCAUUCUCUUCAAUAUCCUCAGCCGUCAAAAUACCAAUCGCUCAAUGAGCCGUAACAGCUUGAACUACGGUUGGGCAGCACACGGCUGUCACUGUGAGCCGCAGCGGACGGUGUGCCUGGAAAGUCCCGCAGAGACCUGUCAGCUGGCUUCGGGCGUGCUGGUCAAGACCAUUCACUUCAUGAAGAGCCUGCCCUCCUUCCAGCAGCUCCCAGCCAAGGACCAGCUGUCGCUCCUCAAAGGCUGCUGGGUUCCGCUUUUCGUCCUGGGCCUGGCGCAGGAAGGGGUGAACUUCGAGGUCACUGACACGCCGGCUGUCAGCAUGCUGAAGCGCAUCCUGCUGAAUGGCCAGCGGCCGCGUGGCCCCGCGGACGUGGAGAGGGCGCAGCCCACCAUGGCGGGGGUUCACAAACUGAAGAUGUGCCUCAACAAGUUCUGGAGCCUCGAUCUCAGCCCCAAGGAGUACGCAUAUCUCAAAGGCACCAUGCUGUUUAACCCAGACGUUCCAGAGCUAAAGGCUGCGGCUUUCAUCGAGAGCCUGCAGAAUGAAGCUCAGCGAGCUUUGAGGGAAGUGCUGUUACCCCUACACCCGGGGGAUCGCGGCCGAUUCGCCCGCGUCCUUCUCACAGCCUCUGCCCUCAAGACCAUAACGGCAGACCUGCUUACAGAGCUCUUCUUCCGGCCUGUCAUAGGCCAGACAGACCUUCUGGACCUGCUAACUGACAUGCUCUUUACUCGUUAGACAGAGCAUUUCCUUUACUCUGUACUUGCUAGAGCAUUGGCAGAGCAUUUCCUUUACUCUUUACUCGGUAGAGCUUUUGCAGAGCAUUUCCUUUACUCUUUAUUCGCUAAAGCAUUGGCAGAGCAUUACCUAGGCUGGUAGCUGAAGCCACCUGACCAAGCAAUGAGAGGGGAUGUUGGUGACCUGGGGAUGGGUAAUUAAUUCUUCCCAACUGAAUAGGAGUUUGUUGACUUAGGUUUAACAAGGAAGUACAUUUCCGAACUGCAGUGUUUCUGAUAUAACAUUCAACACUAGUCCUACUGGUAAAAGGCAUACAGCACAGUACUACAGCACAGUAGAGGACUUGUCAUGUAAUUAUUGUUUACAUCCAUUACAGAAAGGGUAGGUUUGCAUAAGUCGAAUUGUCUUGAUAUCGCUCACAAAGUAUGCUGCCCUUCUUUGCUAUCUUUAGCAGCACUGGGUCUUUCAAAACUUAUAUUGCAUUUAAGCUAGAGUGCUAGACGACCUUGGGCUAAUUUGAGAGCAAAGCAGGUUUAUUUUGUCUCGGUACCGGACAGAGGCAGAUCUUAAUCUGAAUUGAAUUAGCCAAACCAUGUAUGUAUAUCUGUAUAGCAAUCUGGAUUACAUUGUAAAUACAAUAUAGAAUUCUAUUUUUUAA